AUGACCGUCCUAUACACAGCAUCGCAGACAGAGCUGCACAGCAGCAGCAUGGUCUUCAAUUCGCUGUUGGCGUCCGACACAGCGUCCGACACAGUUCGAAAGUAUAGUUUUCCCCACAUCAAUGAAGACAUACAAGUUCCCGAUCCUAGGAUCUUCAAGGAUAUACAUGCGCCUGCAUGGACAGAUUCUAUGUCCCUCCCCAACGUCGCUCAAUGUGCCGCUCACUUGGAACUGUUGCAGGCGAUCAACCAUAUCCGCCGCGAAGUACUCAAUUCGAAGUACUUGGACGCGAUCCUCGAUAUCAAGCCGCAGAAGCGGACAGUGGUGCAAGGCUCUUCCCAGGAAACGAUCGAGGUAAAGGAUUUUAAGUUUGCGCAGAAACGGCAGGUCAAAUGGCCAUUCUAUCUCAGACUUGGAGUCGCCCGAUUCCUUGUCUGGUUGAAGAAGAUGGAUGAAGUUUUGGCGUCGAAGGAGAAUAAAGUUUUUGAGCUGCCAGCUUGUCCUCCACUAGAUGUGCUCAUCGCCUGGCAUUCGUUUCUUUUGAACCCGGGAUUUUUCAGGAAGUACUGCGAGGCCAGUGGGAUCAAGUGUAUGCGGCAUGUGGUGUUCCCAUGGGACAAGAUUCAUCAAUGCAUCAAUGACCAAGACUGGACUUUCAGCCUGCCCUCCGACGCAAGGCAGAACUUUACCAAUUUGACUGGCCACGAAGCAGACUUGCUGGCGUACCUUGUCAGCCCAAAGCCAGAGCCCUAUACAUAUCUUCUACUAGCUUACCGGGACUCGGAACCGGACAAUCGUCUCUACCUAAAUAUGCUGGACAGUCUCUGUCGCGAGAAAGAGGAGUCACCGCACAGCGCCUUCGCUGCUGCCUGCCACGCAGCCGCCUACCCAGGCCCAUACUCGACAUACCUAUUCCUCGCAAUCGAGCGCCAACGCGCGUUCGUUGACAAGAUGGUCGGAUACCUCUGGAUCCGCAGCCCUGGCGUCCACGGGACGCUGUCUAGAGCAAUCACACGCUACGAGUACUUCUUACAGCUAUUUAAACUCCGCCCCGGAACAACUCUGGUGCCAACGCUGGACAUCGACCUGGUGUGGCAUACGCAUCAAUGCUCGGCGAGCAUGUACGAAAUGUGUACGGAGAAACGGGCGGGGAGGUUCAUCAACCACGACGAUACCAUCUCGGCGGGCGUGCUCCAGACGCAGUCGGACGAGACGUCGUUGCUGUUCAGAGACUACUUUGGCAUGGAGUAUCAUAUUUGCCUGUGCUGGGAAUGCGAGGCUAUUCAGUCGGCUGUGGAUGAGUGUGGUGACGGCGAGGCAGAUUUUAACAAGCUGGCGAAUAAAGUUGUUGAGGAUUUGGCGGCUCAUCGGGUUAUUGAGUUGAAGCGGCGGAAUCAGGUAGGAAGCGAUCCACAAUAG